AUGGAGACUUGGUGGGAUAGCUCGCAGGACUGGAGCGCUGCUGGGGCGGCUUGGGGCUAUUUAGAAGAACAGGACAGGAAGGACUGGGCCAAAGCCAGCGGCCGCUACCGGCCAGAGCAGGAGGAUCCGGCCCGCUGGAAAACCAACUUCCGCUGCGCGCUGCGGAGCACCCGCAGGUUCGUGAGGCUGGAGGACUACUCCAACAGCGACGAGGAUCCCCAUAAGGUCUACAGGGUUGUCGAUGGCAUCAAGGCAGAGCUGGUCGCCCCGCUAGACCCACUGCAGUGGGUGCUGCAGCAGUGCGAGCUCGGCCCAGAGGCGCCCGGCUGGGCCACAGCGCCAGGCAGUAUCCAGCCCAUGCUGGACAUCAGCAUCUUCUACCGCUGUGCGGAUGGCGCCCUGCCCCUGGGCCUCACGUGGCUCGUGCGCUUCCCGAGCCCCGCCGGCCUGGCCGACCACAAGCAGCGCCGCUUCACCGAGGAGCUGCUGCAGAACACGGGGCUGCUGCUGGAGCAGCGCGACAACAAGAUCUUCGCCCAGCGCUUCAACAACUGCAAGGUCUACUGGGCCCUGUCCAGUCAGCUGGGCGCGGACAACCUCUCGCCCAAAGUGCUGAGACGCAACCAAGAGACAGAGAUCUUCGACUUCACGGAGUUCUGCACGGAGCUCACGGAGUUCCGCAACUACCGCCGGAGGCACUCACCUGACUUCACCAUCUACCUCUGCUUUGGGCAGUGCCUGUCCAACGCCAAGCCCAAGGAUUCCAAGCUCAUCCUGGUCAAGCUGGUGCCCAAGUUCUGCGAGUUCUGGUACGAGCAGGUGCUGCGGGAGGGCGCCUCCUCUCUCAACAGCAGCAGCCUCAGCCUGCAGCUCUCCAACUCCUUCAGCCUCUUCGAACUCAUCGAGCAGUACAAUAUGCAGCUGGACUGA